UGAUAAAUCAGAAAGCCAGAGCAAAGGAGCUUCCUUUUCCAUUUUCCAACGUGAUACACCGCCAACUGUUUGACCAUUAUGCAUCAUCAGUCACCACCACCAGCAAAUCACGGGAACCAAAUCGCUUCAUCAUUUCCCGUCAUACACGGUUGAAUCAAAACGAGGUCAGUCAAAUCCAGAUAAUACAGUUGGGCUAUAAAUAUUCAUACUGAAACUCCAGUAUCUACUAACUCAACCAAUUACUAUAAGCUUUAAAGGUGAUGAUGCUUAGAAGUUCAUCAACACCAGUUCUUGGAUCUCUCCUCUCUUCUUCUUCUUAUUCAUCAGAAAGUCCUAAUCAUGAAAACAACAACAAAAAUAACUCUGAAUUAAACAAAAUCUCAUUCCCUCAUGGAGGUACUAACUUUAACUCAUUUUCUUGCAGUAUUUCAUCACCAUUAAGUCGUUAUAAUAGUGGGUUUUCUGAUUCAUCAGAUAGAGAAGUUAGCAGUACUAAUAAAGGUUUUAGAAGAGCUCAAUCUGAUGGGAAUUUAGAAGGACUUGCUGCUGGUGCAUCUUGUGGUGGUGAUUUUCAAGAGUUCAGUCGUUUUUCGUCAAACCCUUCUUCCCCUUUUAAAUUUGCAAAAAGAAAUUCAAUGUUGCAGUCAAUUCCUUCGGUCUCUGAUUUUAAUUCGAGAAGAGGGUCUGAAGAAGAUGAUUAUGUAGAAGAUGAGAUUAAAAAUGAUGGGUUUUUACCGAGGUCUGUAACAAUUGGAGAAAAUAUUAUGUGUAUUGGAAGUGCUGAAUUCACUUAUGGUGAGAAAAUGGGUCUCAUUGAAGAGAAAGAAGAAGACAAGUUUAAUGAAUUUCAGUACUUGGGUCAAGAAAAUCAUAUGAACCCAUCAUUGUUUCUUGCAAAAGGGCUUGGAAUUGAUGUUAAUGGAGGCGGCGGUGGUGGUUUUGAUUUUGCAAAGUUUGGAGAAGGUGGUGUUCAGAAUGAAGAAGAAAUUGGAGAGUAUUAUAUGAAGAUGGUGGAGGAGAAUCCUUCUAGUGCAUUGUUCCUAAGAAAUUAUGCUCAAUUUCUUUAUAAGUCCAAGGGAGAUCUUAGGGGAGCUGAUGAAUACUAUUCUCGAGCAAUACUAGCAGAUCCUCGAGAUGGCAAAAUCUUAUUGCAAUAUGCUAGGUUGGUUUGGGAGCUUCAUCAUGAUUAUGCAAGAGCUUGUAGCUACUUUGAGCGUGCACUUCAAGCCGCUCCUGAGGAUAGUCAUGUUCAUGCGGCAUAUGCAAGUUUCCUUUGGGAAUUUGGAGACAGUGAUGAAGAAGAAGAACGAAGUAGCAUUUCACACAAUCCUGUUGGGAUUGCAAAUUUUCAGGCUGGAGAAAGUGGUGUUGAGCAUGAAGAAGAAGUUGGAGAGUAUUAUCAGAAGAUGAUUGGAGAAAAUCCUUGUAAUUCAUUGUUUCUAAGAAACUAUGCUCAAUUUCUUUAUAAGUCCAAGGGAGAUCUUAGGCAAGCUGACGGAUAUUACUCUCGAGCAAUACUAAUAGAUCCUCGAGAUGGUGAAAUCUUAUCGCAAUAUGCUAGAUUGGUCUGGGAGCUCCAUCAUGAUUAUGCAAGAGCUUGCAGCUACUUUGAGCGUGCAGUUCAAGCUGCUCCUGAGGAUAGUCAUAUUCAUGCUGCAUAUGCAAGUUUCCUUUGGGAGGCAGAGGACUGUGAAGAAGAAAACCAACAAAAUAGCUUAUCAAACAAUCUAGCAGGGACGACAAAUUUCCAUGGAGGAGGCUCAAUAUCUUCUGCAUAUUUCAAGUUUCUAUAUCUAUAUAAGUAAUGGCUGUAUGCGCGAGUCAUUCUAGAGAAUGGGAUCUCAACUUAAAGAGCACGCCAGAAUAUCGAGUUUUAAACUUCUACUCAACUUUUUUUUGCAUGAAAACGAUGAGAAUAACUACUUAUCAAAUCACAUUCUAGUUAAAUAUUCAGACUGCCAAAAAUUUGGAAAAGAAAAAUCCAGUAAUUAAGCUACUAACACCAUCCAUCUUACUUUGAAGUCAGACGAGCUUAUUUCCGCAGUCGGCAACAAAACCAACUAUUAGCCUUCACUUCAGCUAUUGAUUCAGCCAUCAUAUUAGCCCUCCUCAAUUCAGCUCUUACUUCAGGCCGCAUCAUUUCAGCCCUUGCUUCUCUUAUGAAUUCAGCUCUCUCUUCGGGGCUCAUCAAUUCAGCUUUUUCUUCCGGACUCAGCCGUCUAUCCCCAUCCGGCGUCGUUGUCACUCCAGUCUUGGCUUCAGCAAUCAGGUCAUCCCUCAGUUUGGCAAUCAAAUUAGCUCUCCCUUCGGGUUUCAUCAGUUCAGCCCUCAUCUCGGCAAUUGCUUCGGCCUUCACUCUGGCAUACAUUUCGGGUGUCAAUCCAUACCGCGUUUGAAUAUCCUCCAUCACUGCAAUAUCAUAAUCGAAAUAUUCAUUUUUAAAUCAAAGUUAAGAUACUAAACA